GAAUCAAUUUAAUCAUCACUUCAGAAUUAACAGUAAAAACAACAAUGCGCUUCGCAGUUUUAGCUCUUUUUGUAGUAGCUGUCACAGCUGCCCCCAGGGAUCCUUCAAGGAUCGUGGGAGGUGACCUGACUACCAUCGACAAGUACCCCUCAAUGGCUGCCCUGUUGUUCUCUCAGAAUUUAGUGCAGUUUGGUCAAAUUUGCGGCGGAACCAUCAUCAACAACAGAUCUAUUCUCAGUGCUGCUCAUUGUAUCAUUGGUUCGGUCCCGAAUUUCCGAGUCCGCGUCGGCUCUACCUACGCCAACAGCGGUGGUGAAGUUUUGCCCCUAGCGAAUAUCAUAAAUCAUCCUCAAUACUCUGGAAACGAUAACGAUAUCACCAUCUUACGAACUGCUGUCGAGAUUAAAUACAGUGACGUCGUACAGCCCGCGCCUAUCGCCGGGACCAACUAUAACUUGCAAGAUGACGAGGUCGUCUGGGCUACUGGCUGGGGCCGCAUCGAACAAGGAGGCUUAGUUUCUGAGCAGCUGCGCGAUGUGCAAGUCUGGACAAUCAACCACGACGCCUGCAGGCUCCGCUACUUAUUGAAUCUCACAAGGAUCACGACUGACAUGCUCUGCACUGGGUGGCUCGGCGUCGGCGGUCGCGACCAGUGCCAGGGUGACUCUGGUGGCCCCGUCUACCACGAUGGUGUCGUUGUUGGUGUUUGCUCAUUCGGAAGAGGAUGCGCUUCGGCCCGAUUCCCUGGUGUCAAUGCUCGCGUCUCUAGCUAUACCAACUGGAUCCAAGCCAAUGCCUAAAAUAUACAGUCGGAAAUAUAUAUAAUAUUUUUAAAUGAACUGUUGAAACCUAAGGAAUACUCAAAUUCUUUCUAAUCAUACUUUUUAAAUAAAACGUUAAAAUAUC